CAGCACAGCACCAGCAGCACUCACCUUGCUCUGCCCUCUGCGCCCCUUAGCUGCUGCAGGAGAGCAUGGCGCUCGCUCGCCUCCUCGGGACAGCAUUUCUGCUGCUCCUGUUUUCUCAUGCAGAGGCCGCUGGCGAGGUAGGCGUGAACUAUGGGACGGUGGCGAACGACCUGCCGAACCCGGCGUCGGUGGUGCAGCUGCUGAAGCAGAACGGCAUCACCAUGGUGAAGAUAUACGACGCCAACGCAAACGCGCUGACGUCGCUGGCGAACACGGGCAUCAAGGCGAUGGUGAUGAUGCCCAACGCGAACCUGGCCCGCGCGGCCUCGGACCCAACCUACGCGGCGCAGUGGGUGCAGGACAACGUGAUGCCCUACUACCCGGCCACGCAGAUCAACGCCGUCGCCGUGGGGAACGAGGUGUUCGACGACCCCAGCGUCGACAAGAUGGACCUCGUCCCGGCCAUGACCAACGUGCAGGCGGGGCUGGCGGGGCUGGGCGUCGCCGGCGACAUCAAGGUGUCCUCGCCGAUCAAGUUCGACGCGCUCCAGGUGUCGUGGCCGCCGUCCUCGGGCAGGUUCCGCGACGACAUCGCGCAGCCGGUGAUGAAGCCCAUGCUGGACCUCCUGCAGAGGACCGGCUCCUACCUCACCAUCAACGCGUACCCGUUCUUCUCCUACUACAGCGAUCCUCGCAGCAUCUCCCUUGACUACGCCCUGGGGAACUCCAACCCUGGCGUCUCCGACGACAAAGCCAACCUCAGGUACGACAACCUCCUGGACGCCCAGGUCGACGCCACGCACUACGCGAUGGAGGCUCUGGGGGUGAGCACCGUGGACGCGUAUGUUGGGGAGAGCGGGUGGCCGACCAAAGGAGUUGUUGGAGGGAAGAUACCGCCGGCCGCAAGGCGAUUGUUGGGCGCCGCCGAAGGCUCGGCGAGGCGGCUUCUGGACACGGGUGACGACGCCGGCUCGCCGGCCUCCAUUCCCAACGCUCGAGCAUACAACAACAACCUCAUCAACCGCAUGCUGUCCGGCCGGACGGGCACCCCGCACCGCCCUAAUGCCAACAUGGACGUGUACAUCUUCGCCCUCUUCAACGAGAACGACAAGGGCAGCAACGGUGCGGACGACGUCGAGCAGAACUUCGGCCUCUUCUACCCGAACGAGACGAAGGUGUACGAGUUCAGCUUUCAGGGCGGCGGCGGCCCGCCAGGCCCGUCCAGUGACAGCUGGUGCGUGGGGAACGCGGCGGCCGGGGGCAAGGCGCUGCAGGACGCGCUGGACUACGCGUGCGGCCACGGCGCCGACUGCAGCGCCAUCCAGCCCACCGGGUCGUGCUACGAACCCAACACCGUCCUCGCGCACGCCUCCUACGCGUUCAACAGCUACUACAAGAAAAACAACCGGGCCGCCGGGACGUGCGACUUCAACGGCGCCGCCUCCGUCGUCUACCAGGCACCUGCAGACACCUGCAGCAGCGCACAGCCCACCUGGUGCGUGGCCAAGCCGGGGGUCGGCGACGCGCAGCUGCAGCCGGCCCUGGACUACGCGUGCGGCCACGGCGCGGACUGCAGCGCCAUCCAGUCCGGCGGCGGGUGCUUCCAGCCGAACACCGUCGCCGCGCACGCGUCAUACGCGUUCAAUGACUACUACCAGCGCAACGGCCGGGCCGACGGGACGUGCGACUUCUCCGGCGCCGCCGCCGUCGUCAACCAGGAUCCCGGCCUCUGCGCCGCGACGGCGAGCUGGUGCGUGGCGAAACAAGGGGUCGGGGACGACCAGCUGAAGCAGGCGCUGGACUACGCCUGCGGCCACGGCGCGGACUGCAGCGCCAUCCAGCAAGGAGGGGCGUGCUUCCAGCCGGACAACAUGCCGUCCCACGCCUCCUACGCGUUCAACAGCUACUACCAGCGCAACGGCCGGGCUAGCGUGGCGUGCGACUUCUCCGGCGCCGGCGUCGUUGUUUACCAGCAACCCACGGUCGGAAACUGUGUGCUGCCAUCGAACGGCUGAUCAACCGGACAAACAAAGCUACAACAGUGACGUCUUGAGGCGAUGGAUGAUGCAUGCUACGUGCUAACAUCUCGAUCACGAUCAGUAUACAGGAUAUCUUAUUGGGGUGGGCAUAAAAUGUACAGCAUUCUGUACGGCAAAACUCUAAUAAAAUCCGGCACCUGCAAAGAAAAAAAACCGCGGGUGCUUCUUACUUCC